AUGAAGGUCGUAAUUGUAGCUGCGGUUUUGGUGGCGUGUAGAAGCGCAGCUGGUAUAGUGCCAGUUGCACCGUACGCAGCGGCGCCCCUUCCUUAUGCACGACCCUACGGCAUCGCAGCCCCGCUGGCAGUGGCCAGGCCAGCGUUGGCAGCACCGUAUGCCGUAGCCCCGGCUUAUGCUAAAGUAGCUGCGCCUGUCGAAGAAUACGACCCGAAUCCUCAGUAUUCUUAUGCCUAUGAUAUUCAAGAUGCUCUAACUGGUGAUUCAAAGAGUCAGCAGGAGAGCCGUUCCGGCGAUGUGGUACAGGGUUCCUACUCCCUGGUGGAGCCGGACGGUACGAGGCGCGUGGUUGAAUACACAGCCGAUCCUCAUAACGGAUUCAACGCAGUCGUCCACAAAGAGCCUAUUGGAGGCGUCGUUAAGGCAGUGGCUGCUCCCGCUUAUAUUCAUUAA